AUGCAACAACCACAACCUCCCACCUUGAACUCUGCACCUCCAUUUCCUUCAAACUCCAUCACCACCGAGCAGAUUCAAAAGUACUUGGAUGAGAAUAAACAGUUGAUUAUGGCGAUUCUGGAAAACCAAAACCUUGGAAAACUCGCCGAGUGUGCCCAGUACCAAGCACUGCUUCAGAAGAAUUUAAUGUAUUUAGCUGCAAUUGCUGAUGCCCAACCUCAAGGAUCAACAUUGCCGUCUCAGAUGGCCCCGCAGUCUUUUUUGCAGCAAGGGAACUACAUACAGCAAACUCAAUCUGCAACACCUCAGCAACAGCAAGGUGUUCCUGUUUCAAAGUUGCCUUUCCAACUUAAUGCCCUUCGACCUCAAGAUCAACAACAGCAGCUACUCCACUUCCAGCAACAGCAGCAAAUUCAAGCCCACAUGAACCUGAGAUCAAAUGCCAACAAUGGCAUGCAUCAGGCCAUGCAACCUGGACUUGGCACAUCAGGCAGUUUGGUGGAUGCACGAGGAAGCAAACAAGAUGGUUCAGAGGCUGGUUCUGGUGAUGGCCUAGGAACAUCUGCUUCUGAACGAGGCAGUAGGGAUGCACAAUCGUAA